UUGAUUGAGGUAUACGAUGAGUUUUUGAGAUUGAUAAAAAAGAAUAUUUUUACGUAUAAAAUGGCAGUAUCUUUUUGUGGAAGAAGAAUCAUUUCAACCCAACGAAAUUUUCUGAAAAUUCCAAAGCGACAUGGAUAUAUAGUCUUACUUCCAGAAAUAGGCGAAGAAUCAACAGAGAAAAAUCCUUUGUUGAAAGACGAUAACUUGCCAGAAUUUAACACAUUUACAAUUGAAAAAUGUAUAGCAGCUAUUGGAAGACAAACUGUAGAUUUAGAGGAGAAAAUAAAGAAUCUAGAAAGAGAGUUAGAAACAAAAAAGAAUUUAGAUGUUCUUAACGAUUGGCUGCAUCCAAUUGAGGAAACAUAUCUUCCUCUAGAGACUACUUGGGGUAUUGCUAAGACCUUGUACUUCAGCAAUCAGAGUUUAAUGCCAACAAAAUAUUACAUGAGCAUUCAUGAACGUGCCACAAGAGCUAUUGCUAGCAAAUUCGGCAGUGCGCCUCUCUUCAGAGCAUGCAAGGAAGCCCUAGAUAAUGACAUUAAACUGACACAUUUGCAGAAGAGAUUGCUGACAAAAUACGUGCUAGAGGGAACCUUGAAUGGUUUACAUUUGCAGGAGAAGGAAUUAGAGAAAUACAUGGAUGACUUGAACGUCAUCUUACUGAAAAUCAAAGAGUACAAGUCCAAAUACGAGGGUUCCACACGCGUUUAUAAUAUGACAAUACAAAGCAAAGAAGUUAUAGAAGAUUUUCCAAAAGACUUUCUUAAGUCUAUCGCAGCUGAUCCCAGGCAACCCUAUGCAGGUCCUUGGACAAUCAAUUUAAAGCCAUACAUCCUGACACCAUUCAUGGAGUAUUGUCCUGAUCGCGAACUAAGGGCGGCGGUCUGGGACGCUGACGUUACUCGGUGCUCUAUUUACCAGGAAAGAUCCGUUCAAGCUAGUGUGACAUUGGAAGAACUUCGGUCCAAGAGGAUCGAGCAGGCGCAACGUCUGGGAUACAAGAAUUUCGCAGAAAUGAGCAUGGAGACAAAAAUGGCCGGCAAUCUGGAGAAUCUAAUGAAUAUGCUGGAAACUCUUCGAAGCACUGCGCUACCUGCUCAGGAACAGGAGAUUGCAAGUUUAACUGAGUUCGCAAAGGAAAGAGGCUUUGAUGGUGAUAAACUAAGAAUAUGGGAUGUACCGUAUUGGGGCAGGAAACAAUGUCGCAGCAUAUACAACUGCGACGAGAGCGAGUGGAGAUCUUACUUCCCUCUGCCGACCGUUUUGUCAGGCCUCUUCGAGCACAUCGAGACGCUCUUCAACGUGAAGAUCGUCGAAAGCAAGAAGGCGGACAUCUGGCAUAGGGACGUCCGAUUUUUUGACAUAUUUGACCUAAACGGAUCUAGCGCAGAACCCAUCGCAAACUUUUAUCUGGACCCGUACGCCAGGGACUCAGAGAAGUUCCGCAAAGAGCAGAACUCCGGCUGGGUGUCCACCAUCAAGAGCAAGAGCAAAAUCGACAACAGCACUCCGUUGAUCGCUUUGAUCUUUAACUUCCCGCCGCCGGUGGGCGACAAACCUUCUCUGCUCUCGUUCAAAGACGUUCAGAUUCUUUUCCAGAAGUUCGGACACGCCUUGCAAAAUUUACUCACCACAGUCGAAUACUCGGAUGUCGGUGGGCUGUCGUUCGUGGAGUGGGAUGCGGUGUUCAUCUGCGACUUCUUCAUGGAGAAUUGGUUAUACGAGCCAUUUGUGUUGCAAAAGAUUUCCCAACACUAUGAAACGAAACAGCCAUUGUCUGCGGAGACUAUGGAGAGCAUUAAAAAGAUGAGGUCACAUUUGGCUGGCUACAAGUUGUGUAAAGAGCUUUAUCUGUCACAUUUGGAUCUGGAGCUGCAUUCCAGUAAUACAUUUUGGGUGCCGAUGAUGAAAAAACUGUGGCCGCAGUAUUUUAUGUUACCCCUUGAGAAAAGGGACGUUCACGUCUGUUCCUUUGAGGCCAUAUGGAGCGGCAAUUGGGCGGCCGCAUAUUUCAGCAAGAUCUGGUCGCAGAUGAUUGCCGCCGAUUUGUACACGGCGUUUCAAGAGAUCCAAUCCGAUAACAAGUCGCACCAGAAGGAGAUGGGCGCGAGAUUCCGCAACACGUUCCUGUCCUUAGGCGGCAGUUAUCCUGCCGCCGAGGUGUUUAGGAAAUUUCGAGGAAGGGAUCCAAGCCCGCAAGCAUUGCUGGACAAUCUCGAGUUAACGCAAACAAAGAAAGCCAAGUAACGCGAUUGUGUGAUCAAAUGUCUUGCUAUUUCUUAGCAGCACGAAACGUUAAUAAUAAAUUUUGUAUAGUUAUCUCAAAGAGAGUUUAAUUGAUGUAAAGCCAAUUAUGCAAUAAAUUGUUACUUGUAAGAUACUAUA